AUGGACCAGUCCAGACGCAUCCUGCAGGACACCCAUGCACUGGCAUACGUGGCUCAUCGGAGACUAGAGGAACCAGCCUUCUCCGAGAUGGACAAGGAAGCUGACAUUCCUGACCAAUACGGCCACGUACAGGAGACAGACGGCCAGACGGAGAGAGAGUCGAUCAUGCCGCGAUUGAUCUUCCAGCUCAAUAACGCGCGGUCAGCAUCCACAGGGCACACGCCGCACGAGAUCGUCAAAGGCAUCAACCCCAGGGACGUGCCGGACCUGCUCGGCGGCAUGCCCGCGAAGCCGAACUACACGGCAGUUAGGGUUUCGGCGUACGACGCGCUGGCCAUCGUCGCAGUGACCAUGAAAAACCACUAUGACCGACGACACACCACCCGCUUCUUUGCAGUCGGCGACAUGGUGUAUCUGAGAUUGCAUAAGGGAUACGCCACGGCAGCUACCGAUUGUCAUGCCAUAUUGCAGUGA